AUGUAUUAUCAACGAAGGUUUGAUACUACGCCCUCCAUCGCAAGUCCCCUCCGCUCAGCGGGUUCAUCGCAGACAUUCCAGCGGAAAUCAGAAUUAGGAGAGCUGCCAUCGCCAUACCCUGCUUCGACCAUCUCCAGCUUAUCUUUGUCGAAGAAGUAUUCACUUUCUGCGGACCCGCUGACAUGGGGAACAAAUUUGUCGCCAAGCGUAACAGAAGCCGACGAUGAACUACAUAAUCCUACAGUCCGGAAGGGUAGGAUAAUGGACGAUGGGGGACUCGACAUUUUUUCCAUUCGGGGGCUCGGGAAUAUUGGUUGUCUAUUUGUUCUUUGCGGAGCAAUGGUGACGAUGUUCGUUGGCUACCCAAUCGCCACUUUUGUACGGACUCAGAGGGAGUCGGCUGCCUCGGUCCUGGGAGUCAAUGCUUCGGGACAGGUCCCAGAAAUAGGAAACUUUGGUCUAAUAGACUUGGACACCCCAGAGGAUGCCAAAUAUUUCAAUUCAUGGCGCGAUGGGAAGGAAUGGCGUCUCGUCUUUUCUGAUGAAUUCGAGGAAGAUGGGAGGACAUUUUAUCCAGGUGAUGAUCCCUACUGGGAGGCUGUCGACCUUCAUUAUUGGCAAACCAAUAAUAUAGAAUGGUACGACCCGGCGGCUGUGACUACGAAGAACGGUUCUCUCGUUCUUACACUAUCUGCAAAAGAAACACACGGUCUUGAUUACCAAGGAGCACUCGUACAAACAUGGAAUAAGUUCUGUUUUACCGGCGGAUACCUGGUUUCGGCCGUCCAACUUCCCGGAAUCAACAACAUUGUUGGACUUUGGCCUGCCGUAUGGAGUAUGGGAAAUUUGGGACGCGCAGGAUAUGGUGCAUCACUUGACGGCACGUGGCCUUACACGUAUGACAGCUGCGACGUUGGCACAGCACCUAAUCAAACAAUCGAUGGACUACCCGCAGCAGCAGCUGACUACACAUUAUCAUAUUUGCCCGGACAGAGGUUGUCGCGGUGCACCUGUGACGGGGAAAGUCAUCCAGGUCCUAAGCACAGUGACGGUACCUACGUUGGACGGUCUGCUCCAGAAAUCGAUGUAUUUGAGGCACUAGUCAGCGAUGGCACUGGUCAAGUGUCGCAGUCCGGACAGUGGGCACCGUUUAACGCAGGAUUCAUUUGGGACAAUAGUACGGAUAACUUGAUUAUUGCAGACAGUAGUGUAUCCACGUUCAACACGUAUGUUGGUGGACUGUUCCAGCAGGCAACCUCUGUUGUAUCUGAAACGAAUCCAGACUGCUAUCAAUUGGCAUCUGGGUGCUUUGCUAUCUAUGGAUUCGAGUAUAAACCAGGCUACGCGUCAGAUAACGCUUACAUCUCCUGGAUCAACGAUGGCAAGCUCGCCUGGACAAUAAACGCUGCUGGCAUGAGGGCAGAUGCCGCUACCGAAAUCUCUGCCCGUCCUGUACCACAGGAGCCUAUGUACAUCAUGGCUAAUUUGGGCAUGUCCACCAACUUCGGAGACGUCGAUCUGGAUCACCUCACGUUCCCUGCAGUCAUGUUGAUAGAUUAUAUUCGGGUGUACCAGGACCCGGACAACAUCAAUAUCGGAUGUGACCCGGAAGACUUCCCUACAGCAGAGUAUAUCGCCACUUACAGUGAGGCUUACCAAAACCCCAACUUGACAACAUGGGUCGAUGACUACGGUCAGACCAUUCCUAAAAAUUCACUCGUUGACGGAUGCUAG